AUGUUGGGUGGCAAACUUGAGAUGAUUGCUGGAUAUCCUCUUUUAUUUUACGGAAAGUCUAUGGGAUCAAUAUCAAGCAACAACAUUUUGUUGAACUCUCGAUUGAAGGCUCAUGUUGCUGACUUCGGAACUGUGAGACUGUUGCAUCCCGAUUCAUCAAACCCAACCGUUAUUACAGGAACUUACGAAUAUAUAGCACCAGAACUUGCCUAUACCAUGGUUGUGACUGAAAAGUGCGAUGUUUAUAGCUUAGGAGUUAUGGCACUAGAAACGAUAAUGGGAAGGCAUCCGGGAGACCUCCUAUCGUCCCUGAUGUCACCUCCUAGCGAAAACAUGAUGAUAACCAACGUCCUAGAUCCAUGCCUUCUGGCUCCAACUAAUCCAAUAGUUGCGGGGAAUAUUGUUGUAGCUACUACAAUGGCAUUCGCUACAUCGAAGGCUCUAGCUGAACCCUUUUGUACAGUGUCAUUGUGGCAUCUUUGGAAUCGUAAAAUGGACUUUGUCCACCAAUCAAAUGAGCAAGUGAUCAAUGCCUGA